CGUUUUUUCUCAAUAGAAACUAUGAAGAAACUCUCAAAUCGGCGCAUCGCCCUAUUUGCAUCUGCGGCGGUGGCUUUUUCAGUAGUCGGACUAGUGCUCACUCUUCUUACCGGUAUGCAACAUGUGCAGCAGCGUUCGGUGGAUCGGAGGAGUGCCGUGAGGAUAAGCGAACAAAGUAAUCGCAUCUUAUCUUCUUCGCAUCGCAAACUUCUCCACACCGCAGCGGCCGGAGCGGGAGUGGGAGUGGGAGUGGGAGUGGUGGAGCCGAGUAGAGUGUGGGGUGAGAAAUGUUCGAGAUCGGACAUAGUGGUGAACCAGGGAGCUACAUCCCCAUUGCCAAAUGGCAUCCCGACGUACACGGUGGAGAUAGUGAACGCGUGCACUGUAACGGGUUGCGAGAUUUCGGCCAUCCACCUCAGUUGCGGCUGGUUCAGCUCGGCUCGUCUUAUCAACCCAAAGCUGUUCAAACGCCUACGCUACGAUGACUGCGUCGUCAAUGACGGCAAGCCCCUCCCCAGCGGCGCCACCCUCUCCUUCCAGUACGCUAACUCUUUCCCUUACCAACUCGCUGUCUCCUCAGUCGUCUGCUGCUGAAUUGCUCUCUCUCUCUCUCUCUCUCUCCGAACUCCC